CCAGAGAUGCUCCGGGGGAAACGGGUGAUCGUGACCGGAGCCAGCAGCGGCAUCGGGGAGCAGAUGGCAUAUCACCUGGCACGCAUGGAGGCCCACCUACUGCUCACGGCACGGACGGAGGCCAAGCUGCAGAAAGUUGUGGAGCGGUGCCUUGAGCUGGGUGCUGCGUCCGCCCACUACGUGAGCGGCUCCAUGGAGGACACCACGUUGCCCGAGGUGGUGGUGAAGGAGGCUGAAAACAUCUGGGGAGGCCUUGAUAUGCUCAUCCUAAACCACAUCGGUCACAGCUACUUCAGCUUCUUCAACGGCGAUGUUGGGCACGUACGAAAGCUCCUAGAGACCAACUUCGUCAGCUACGUGGCAAUGACCACGCACGCCCUGCCGAUGCUCAAGGAGAGUGAGGGCAACAUCGUUGUCGUUUCAUCCAUGGCAGGUAGAGCUGCCAGCCCAUUUCUUGCUCCCUAUUCGGCAACUAAAUUCGCCUUAGAUGGAUUUUUCAGCUCCUUGCGACAUGAAUUCAUCAUAGACAAGGUCAACGUCUCCAUCACACUCUGCAUCCUGGGCUACAUUGACACAGAGAACGCCAUACGAGCGGUCUCUCACGCCAUCCGGGACACGCCAGCGCCAAAGGAGGAGUGUGCGCUGGAGAUCAUCAAGAGCGGGGUGCUGCGCCAGCGGGAGCUGAACUACCCAUCCCAGGGGCUGGGCAACCUGCUCCUCCUCCGGGCCAUAGCCCCCGACUUCCUCGACUCCCUCAUCAGGAGCAACUAUAAGGUGGAAAACAUCAGAAGAACAUAG